UUUUUUGUGUUUGCAAUCUGGACUUUACAGGAUUCAUUAUUUUCCUUGUUGUAAUUUGGCUUCUGCAAGAAUAUACAAAAGUCCGUAUUCUACGUUACGUCAUUCUCUUCAUUGGUGUUAUGAACAGUUUGUUUUCAGUCUAUGACAUUUAUGAUGAUCUGAUAUCUCGAAGGGUCAACUCCAGUGAUGCCGAGAAGUUUGCCGAUCUUUGCCCUUGUCCUUGCAAUGGGGUCGGAUGGGGAGUUAUAUGGGGAAUGAUAUCCUUUGUAUUUCUUUGUGGAGCCAUGUAUCUUGGACUUGUCAUCUUAUCUUGAGGUACAACCUGCUUCAACAAUGCAUUUAUUGUUGUUACUGGAAAUGAUAGAAAAAUUGAUUAAUUGUUAUACGGACUAUUGAAAAGUUGAAUUGUAAUUGUGAAAAUGAGGAACGAAUUAGUUGUUAACAACCAUGAGUCACCAUCAUUAAACUCAAAACUCUGUAGUCUGAAGUCAUCUUGGUGACAUUCUUUUGUUGAGCAAAUGUCUGGCUUAAUGUUUGAUGAAAUGAUGAUUCACUCUCAGGAAUAAUUGCUCUUAACUAUUAACUUCUCAUCUGUACAAAAACAGUAGGAAACUGGAGAGGAUACAGUGUUGUGACUGAUAUACUAAUAUAGGGGCAAGUUCCACAAUUCAAGUCUAUUUAUGUCUGCUAUCAGAUUUUAAUGAAAUUUUGUGGUACAGUUUAUUGUUUUCACUUCUCAGAAUUAUGUUGCUUUUGCAUGUUUCAUUCAUCUCAGGUUCUUGGAUAAGUUUCAAAUUCAUCUGGAUUUAGCAGAGCACAGAGUUGUCAGAUUCUUUGGUAUAUGCUGAAUGAUGCAUAUCAUAUUGUAUCAGAACAUUGUAAUUUGAUUCAUGUCACUGCUAGUGUUCUGUUGCACUGGCAGCUUGGCUUUAUUCUUUUAACCCCUUCCAUCUGGGGUUACAUCUCAUUUAAGAUCAGAUGUAAACUGAUACUGAUGUAUUCUGCUCUUGAUUAAUUGAGAUAUAAAAGUGACCCAAUUUU